UUCUGAUUCCGACCACUGGGUGUCACCCCGCUUCCCCUCGUCUUCUCCGGCGAUUUCCGGCUGGAUCCCUGGAAAACUUUCCACUUUUAGAUCCUUCCUACUUAUUUUCUCCCUUUCUUUGUAAAAGUCUUGUUUUUGGCAAUCUAUUUUACUAUUUUAAUGGAUAUAGAGGUCCGGGAGGUUGAAGUAGAGGAGCUCCCCUGCCCUCGCGACCUCCUCCGGCGACUUGCCGGCACAAGCUGCAGUGAAAACCAUUCCUUUACGUCGUCGGAUUGUUCUUUGCUCUCCGCACCUGCUUCCAGUGAGAUGGAUCUCUGCCUCGGGCUCUCACUUGGCGGUUGCUUUGCCGUGGAACGUAGCGACAAAAGGCUCGUGCGUUCCUCUUCGAUCGCUGCACUCUCCAUAUUUCCAACGGAGAAGGACUUCCUGCCGGCCGCUGCUCCGCUGGCGAGGACCUGCUCGUUGCCGGUGGAAGCGGAUGAAGAGAAUCGGAAGAGAAAGGAGAUGCAGAGCUUGAAAAGACUAGAGGCAAAGAGGAAGCGGGAGGAAAAGAGGAGCUUUUCAAGGCCAGGUGUUGAUGGUGAGGUGUACGUGGGUGUUCCCCCGAGAGCCAGCGGCCCCCGGCCGGUGCUUUCGCCUGCGAUGCUGGCUGGGAUGCGGAGGAGCAGCUCGACCUUUGAUACCGGUGGAUCGCGAGUGCCUGAAAUCCCAGAGUCGCACAACAACAACAACAACGCAGCAGUUUCAACAUCUGACGCCAUUGACAAAGCAGAAACAACAACUCAUCCAGGUUCAGCUUUACGAUCUCUCAGAUCUUUGGGAGAAGAUGAUGAAGCGAUGAAGAGGAUGAUGAGUCAGGUAUCGAAAGACAUGAAAACAAAUAUAAUGGAAGAAAUGCCUUGUGUUUCAACCAAAGGAGAUGGUCCUAAUGGUAAAAGAAUUGAAGGUUUCCUCUACAGAUACAAAAAGGGUGAAGAUGUGAGUAUCGUCUGUGUUUGUCAUGGCAGCUUCCUCAGUCCAGCUGAGUUCAUCAAGCACGCAGGAGGGGGAGAUGUUGACCAUCCUCUCAGGCAUAUUGUCGUCAAUCCUUCCACCUCAUUGCCCCCUUAUUACUAAUUAAUGGCUGUGUUUGGACUCAACAUCUUAAUUUUUAUGCUGACGAUGUCGUUGUCGUCAUUCCAGCUCGUGUCCCCUUCAUUUAUAAUUCAAGUAAAAGAAUGUAUUUUCUCGAGUUCCUUCCUUGCACGAGCAUGUAUAUAUGUUGGUAUUUUUGGAAAUGCAGAUUGAGUGGAUCCUCAAAUUAUCUAUAAUAUUAAUUAUAAAUGCUGAAUAUAUAUAUUUAUCACAGAAA